GCGCCCGUCGCACAGAGCGCUUUGGCCCUUCAGCCUCGUCCGCGCGACAGUCUGGUCAAUCUCUCAUCUAAGCAAACAAUGCUUAGAAGUAUGGUCUAACUUAAUAGAUCGCCCGCUGUGGCAAUCAUCUUUCUAACAUUGCGCAUUUUAUACAUAGGUAGUCUCAUAAAUCUUUUCGACACCGGGAGGGGGAUCGGCACAAUGUCAUCUAGUGAUACUUCUCUCAAUGGUCGUGGCUUAGAGCACGAAACGAUUACUACUGAAGCAGAAAAGGACCAGCCUAGUUCGAAUAAGCGGAAAGCUUCGUCGCCUUUACCAAGCGAAGACAAAUCUAGCCAGUCGCCGAAAAAAUCUAGGAUUGGUGAUGGCUCGAGGGAAGACGGUACUGUCAAGCCGCUCCCCGCAUCAAAGGAGCCCUCUACAGACCGUCGCGAAAGCGCGCUGCAGGAGGAAAGGAGACGCGGGAAGCGCUUAUUUGGUGGUUUGCUAAGCACACUAAGUCAAACCACUUCUAGCUCUCAGCAAAAGAGACGUCAAGAGAUUGAGCGACGACAGCAGGCAAAAGUUCACCAGCAGAGGGCUGAAGACGAUAAGCACAGAGAAGAGAAGCUAGUAAAGCUAAGAACCGUACGGCAGUUGGAACAGCUCAAGUUUGACGAGCGAGUUAUGCAAAAUAGGCAUUCCAAUAUGCUAGCGACGGCACGCUUUUUAGAAACUAAAAGUACACCUAAGAUAUAUUAUCUGCCGUGGGACCUCACAGAAGAGCAGGAAGACAUGAUUAAGGAUCAGACCCGAGAGGUUGAGGACAUCAUCGAUAAGGAGGUCCUCGAUUUUAAGCAACGCAAAGAACAGAAGUUAAAGGUAUUGGGCGUCACAGUUAGAUCCCCCACGCCCGAACCCAAGGACACAGUGGGUAAUAACCCUGGUGAUGAACGUCCUGCUGACCCUCCACAAUCUAACCCUGCCAAUCGCCCGCCUUCCCACGCUGGUAAGAUCGGUCAUGAAAGGGAGUCCGAUAGGGCGGACGAUGUUGUGAUAGAAGAGGUUGAGGAUACGGUUAUUUACUGAUGCCUAAACUCUUCGGUGCGGUUGUUGAUUUUACGUUACGUCUUUCUAGGCUCUGGUGAUGGACGGCGGCACAGGCGUUUUGGUGUGAUAGGGGGUUUGCGAACCAGGGAUUCCCGCCAAAUCAUAACUUCUGUCAUAUUCUCGAGAAGGGAUGAGAUAUCUUCACUGGGGCAGCACUGCUUCUCAUGUAUAGCUGUGCCCCUGCCAGCGAUGACCCCUCAUAUUACGCCAAGGGAUGUCUACAUACCUAGUCACCACAUACAAAGUGCGAUGGUCUACGAACACCACUUCUAGUUAUAUACCAUCGCACGGCGUAUUGUCCGUGAUAAGCGGUGUAGUCUUGGAAUCAAUAAAACCGGAUUGCAACCUCGAACUCCCGCGGAAUCCGGGCUGUCCGGGUAUGCCUCGAGAGAAUGUCAGAGCGAGACGUAUUCGUAUAUGUUAUGCGGUUGGUUAUGUAUGUACUUGAAGGGGUUUUCCUGCAGCAAUAAUAAUAUGCCGUCUAAAUAGUAUCAAGUGAACAGUAUUAAAUAUCCUCAACGUGCUCAGCAGUCUAUGAACCCCCUUU